CUGCAGCAGCUCUCAGUGCAGACGUGAACAGAUUUUUGUCCGAUUUUGCUAAAUAAUUUAAAGGUUUUAAGCAUAUAAAAUUAUUGAAGAGAUUCGAGACUACAUAUUUCUAGUGUUACUAAGUUGAAGAAGUAAUCAGUUAAGUGCGUUAAACAUGGCAUCGAAAGUUACAUUUAAAAUUACGCUCACUUCGGAUCCCAAGCUCCCGUUCAAAGUGCUUAGCGUCCCGGAGGCAACUCCUUUUACGGCCGUCCUUAAGUUUGCCGCCGAAGAGUUCAAGGUCCCGCCGGCAACGAGUGCCAUCAUCACCGACGACGGUAUCGGUAUCAAUCCGCAGCAAACGGCCGGCAAUGUGUUCCUGAAGCACGGCUCCGAGCUCCGGUUAAUCCCGCGGGAUCGCGUGGGGUCACCACAAUGAAGGCAAUGAGAAGGGUUUAUAACGCGCUUAUAGGAUUAGCCUGAUUCAACCUAUGCGAAAUUCCAGCUAUCACGAGCAUUUUAGAUGAAUUUUAGCUUCGAAAGCAUAUGGAAGCUUAUCUGAUGAUUUUUGUUUGUUUUGUAACUCGGUUCCAUUUGUUUGAGUUUUGUAAGUAUUUAAAAGCAAGAAUAUAGAUAGAUCAGUUUAUUGAAA